GGCCCGCACAGAGCGUCUUCCGAGCAGUCCCAGCCCGGCAGUCCAGCGCGUUGCUGCACUCACGCCCUCAGCACCAGUCCAAGGCACGACGAGCACACCAACACCUCAAAGGCGGAGAUGGGGAACCAGUCGAGCAUUCUGCUGACGGACGUGGGGAAACCGCCCGGAAUCCAGACUUGGGCUGGUCGGUGCACCAGACUAGCGGACGGUAGUGAGGGAAGCGGAUUCGAUCCAGACCAACUCCCGGUCCUGCAAAUGACGCUGGUCCAGCCGAGCCCGGAGCUGCAGAUCCACAUCCGCAAGGAGCUGAACGAGGACGUGAACACGCGCGAGGACGCGCUCCAGCACAUCAAGGACUGGCUGGCCAAGCAGCCGCAUCUCCCCGACUUCCAGGAUGACCAGCGCAUCAUGACGUUCCUGCGCGGCUGCAAGUUCUCGCUGGAGAAGACGAAGCGCAAGCUGGACAUGUACUUCACGAUGCGAGCCGCGCUGCCCGAGUUCUUCACGGACCGCGACGUCACUCGGCCCGAGCUAAAGGAGAUCCUCGACAACGUAGCUUUCCCGCCGCUGCCUGGCCUGACGCCGAAUGGCCGCCGAGUGAUCGUGAUGAACGGCAAGACAAAGGACUACCAGGGCCCGCUGGUGGCGGACGGCAUGAAGCUCAUCUUCAUGGUGGGCGACAUCCGCCUGCUCGAGGAGCAGACGGGCGUCGCGGGCGACGUCUACGUGCUCGACGCGUCGGUCGCCACACCGGCCUACUUUGCCAAGUUCACCCCCUCCAUGGUCAAGAAGUUCCUCGUCUGCGUCCAGGAAGCGUACCCAGUGAAGCUGAAGGAGGUACACGUGAUUAACGUACACCCGCUGGUGGACACCAUCAUCAAUUUCGCCAAGCCCUUCCUAAAGGAGAAGAUUAGAAACAGGAUCUUCGUGCACACUUCGCUGGACACGCUGUACAACUACGUGCCCAAGGAGAUGCUGCCUGCAGAGUACGGCGGAGACGCGGGACCCAUUGACGUCAUCCACCAGGCCUGGGUAAAGAAGAUGGAAUCGUACACUCCGUGGUUCAAGGAGCAGGAGAAGAUGAUCGCCGACGAGUCGAAGCGCCCCGGCCGGCCCAAGACCCACGACGACCUCUUCGGCGUCGACGGCUCCUUCCGGAAGCUUACCAUCGACUGAGCAGCCGCCGCCACAAAAUGGCCGCCACCGAGCUCUCCACGCGUGGACGAGCGCGCAAAGGACUUUCUCACCGCCCAGAAACAAAAAUAAUAUUUUUUAAAAUUUAUAAUACUUCAACUCUAAUAGGCAAUCAUAAGAACUAUGUUCAGGAUAUACUUCGAACGCGAAUCUGACGAACUGCACCUGUAGACAACUGUAAAGAGGUAACGUAAUUCUUCCUGCGUCAUCUUACCGAAAAUUUGGCCGAAUGCAAUGGCAACGUUCAGCAGCUGUGCCACUCAUCGCUUGAAUUUGCUAUAGAAGUUGUAAUUAUCACUGAUAGUUCCUUUCCGGUCGCACUAUAAGACAGCCACUUCCUGUUGGAUGCCCAGCCCAUCUUGGGAGUUCCUACGCAUAACGAAAGCCCUCUGCCGGAAAACUCACUUCAGUCUGUGCGCGACAACUUUCACGUGUUGCUCGUUCUAUAUCCACUGCGGUAGUGGAAAGUUGUCUGCGGUGACAAAACCGGAUUCUGUCCGUGACAUUCCACUUUCACUACCGAAAGCAACCGAUUGGAAAUACCCAAAACGGUAUAUGCCUUUCGCGCAAUUGGUUCGAGAGCAUCAGUUGAUUCUGUGUAACAACGAGUGAUUGCAGUGUUCAGUAAUCGUUAGCAAAUUACUAAUUACGUACCGUAUGCCGC